CGAGACAGUGCAUAACGUGACGCAAACCAUAAACGUUGUAAACCGUCAUGCAACACAGUCGCCGACAGUAAAACGGCAAUAAAUAUUAUUUUAAUUAUUGUAACAUUGUAGAAACUUUGGCGACAUGAAGAUUUUGAAAUUGCGUUCCGGCGGUGAAAUGCCGAUCGUCGGCUAUGGUACGUGGACGGUAAGUUUUUAUAAACAGGUUUUGAAAUUUCUUUUUAGUGAAAUACUUAGUAUUACACUCCAUGCUAAAUUUUCAAUUGUACGCUUGAUUUCAAAAAACUAUUUUGGGAUUCCAUACAUUCCGUCCUAAAUUAAUUAUCUACUAUUAAAAAUAAAACUAUCAAUCAACAAAUUUAUAUUAAAUUGAAUUUAAAAAACGGACAUACUUCGGACAAUGUGUGGGCCAAUGUUGUAGGUGAGGAAUGGAAAAGCAGGAUAUAAAGAAGAAUUUAAUUUAUACCUUUACGCAACGAUACCAUUGCUAACAAAAAACGAUUUGGAGCGAAGUUUCUUUCACACAUGCAUGUAAAUUUUCAUGUUUUUCCUAAAUUUUUUACCAUUUUUUUUUUUUAAUUAUAAUACAAACAGCUUGUAAAUACCUUCUAAAUAAAAUUUCCUUUGAAAAAAGGUAGUAAAUAGAAGAAAUAUUGCUGGUAAAAAAGUUAUUCACAGUUAAAAAAAAAUUUCAAAAAAAAAAUUAAACAUCAAUAUAUAAUCAAUACAUUUCUCAUUACGCUCCAAAUCUAAAAAGUACAUAAAUAUCCUGGUAUGAGGUAUAUACUCAUACCAUGAAAAUGACACACCUGUACUAAUUUACUUUGACCCACUGAUAUUGGUACAUGGCAAAUCCUCGCCCUCGUCCUUUUCGUAUUCCGCAUUUUCUUAAAAUUAAAUUAAAUCGUCUCUUUUAAUGUUCUACAAAUUUAUAUUAACUUUUCAACGUGGUUCGGCUUUUAUUUUUAUUGAAUUUAACUUAAUUCCGCAAUAAAAUCUAAUAAUUAUUAUUAUACGUUAUAUUUUGUGUGUACAUGUUUCAUUCGUCGUACCGUACUAAUACCGUUUAAAUGGUAUUCGUACAGUACAACACAGAAAAAUAAUUUUUAUUGACGUUUCGAAUAUCGUACCAUAAUCGUAUUAAAAUUUUUUUAUUUUUUUCUAACUUAAUUAUAUCUCACGGACUUAAAUAUAGCGGAAAUAAGGCGUAGAGUUAUUUCAAGGUUGUCUAUAAGUAGAUUGUUAUAACUGCGUUUACACUCGACCAGAUGUUUUAAUUGUAUCGAGAUAUAAUAUAAGAGUAUAUUUAUAUUUGUUUAAUUUAUUUAAUUUUAUUUGAGCUGUCUAAAUACUCAAAUACCAUAUAUGUUUUACUCUCUGAAGUUGUUUUUAAAAGAGCGUAUGCUCGUUGAGUACACAAUAAAUGAAAAGUUAAAAAAAUAUAAUAAAAACGCAUCGUACUGUUUUAUGAUAGUCGAUGAAACAAUCUUAAACAGAUCUAAUCCACAUGAAUUGUUAAACCAUCAAACUCGACAUUUUUUUUUUUUUGUGUCUGUAGACAACUGUUCGAAAAGAAAUCUUAUCCCGAUAUGUAAAGUGUAGCACUUUUUCUGAAAGGGAAUUUGAUCCAGUUGAUGCAAUAGAGAGGUAGCUUUUUGAUUUUUCAAUGAGUUUUUAAAAUAAUUAGGAAAAACCGGAAAAAAAAUUAUAGGUAACACGAAAAAUAUUUACUGCGCAUCAUCACGUAAUCGAUUUUAUUAAUUUAAAUUUGUACACUUUAUGUAUUUCUACCAGAAAUAUUAGAAAAACAGCAAGAAACCUUUUCAUUGCAUUCCAAGAAAGUUAUUUUUUGAUUAUCCUUGUAGUUUUUUUAAUAGUUGAGGAAAACCGAAAAAAAACGUUGAAAGAACGGAAAUAUAUUUUAUAAUUAUUUGAUUAUUUUCGUAAAGGCUUGAUAUUUUAACAUGAGUCGAAUUUAGUGGUCAAAUUUUGUCAAAUCGUAUAUAUACGAGUAACUUCAAAAUAUAUAUAACCGAACUUUGCUCCGAAUCGUUUUUCAUUAGCAACAAUUUAUUGUUACUAACAAGUGUAAAAUAAAUAUCUUUAUGUAAUAUACCUUUCCUACUCCUCACCUAUUACAGUGGCGUACCUAUCCUCAGUAUCAGCUCUUUUUUCAGGCUUCAGGCGAUGUUUUAGAAAAUGCUUUAAAUGAAGCUCUGAAAAGCGGUUACAGACAUAUAGACACUGCGUACUUGUACAAAAACGAAUGCACUAUCGGAAAGGUAUUGAACGAAUGGAUAUCGUCGGGCAGAGUGACCAGGGACGAUCUGUUUGUCGUCACAAAGGUAAGACCAUAAGGUUUUAAUUUUUUUUUUUUUUUAAUAAAGUGAUCCAUCGUCUAAUUUUAUUCUUUUUUAUAUUAUUUUAAUAUAGCUUCCGGCUUACGCGACACGACCCGAGGACGUGGAAAAGUAUUUGAAGGAGUCGCUCCAAAAUUUGGGACUGAAUUAUGUUGACAUGUAUUUAAUACAUUCUCCAUUCGGCUUAUUUGCCAAAGACCAAACUGACCUGGACACAAUGGUUAUCGAUUACGAUACGGACCACCUGGCCAUUUGGAAGGUAUUCGGAAAUUAUUUUAUUGUUUAUAUGAAAGAGAAUUUAUUUUUUCCUGUAAUUUAUUUUCAUGAUAUUUUAGCCCAUAUUCUUAUUGGAAAUAAACUUUUAAUAAUAAAAGAUAAAAAAAGUACAUAUUUGAUUAGAUAUGUUCAUUUAAUUGGCAUUUUGAGUAAAAUGUAUGUAUAUUAAUUUUUGUAUUUCACUUAAAUACACCUUAAAAUUUACAUAUAUGAAUACAAGUAUACAACAUUAACCACAGAUUUAGUAUUAAAAUAGUUUAAUUUAGAUUUUUUUAUAGAUUUUAAAUAAAUUUAAUUUAGUAUUAAAAAUAAAUGUAUAUUAAAUAUUUUAAAUAUUUAUAAAGUAAAUAGCAUAUGGUCUUAACUUGGAAUCUUUGGCUAAGCGUAGGCGUUUAGGGGUAAUAUCAUUAAUUUUGCCCUUACAUCUAUUACAUAAACCAAGAAAUAAAAAUUGUAGCGUGAAAAUUUGGGUACUAUUGAAUUAGACGGCCUUAGUGUUUAUUAACCUUCAUGAUUUACUCUCUCGGUAAAGAGUCAAUAAUGAAUAGUGAAAUUCUCCUCUCUCUCUCCGGUCAAAUUUCUUUAGUGAAGUUGUGCAUUCUGCAAUUUCACAAAAGGAAUAAAAUUUCUUUAGUGAAAUAUAUCUCUCUUCCUAGAGAUAUUUGACCGGCGUGGCAGUUAAAUAGCACGGAGAUAAAUUUUCACGUUUUAUACCCCACCGGGAUUUUCUGUAAUAUUUUCUCAUUAAAAACUAGAACUUAAUUUUAUUUAUGCGAGUUUCUCACAUACCCAUCAAGUAUUUUUAGAGAGGAUACGGUUGAGAUUUUGGAUUAAUAUACAUAGGUAUACACAACGUCACUGUCCGCAGGUAAUGGAGAAACAAGUGGACUGUGGCCGAACUAAAGCCAUCGGUUUGUCGAACUUCAACGCCAAACAAGUGCAGAAAUUGUUGGACUACAGCAGGAUCAAACCGGACAACCUCCAGGUGGAACACCACAUAUACCUUCAACAGACGGAACUCGUUGAUUUCUGCCGGGACAACGGGAUCGUUGUGACCGCAUAUUCGACACUGGGCACGAAAGACGGUAAAAAACGUCUCAACUUGAAUUGGAGGUAUAACAAUACGAGUAGUUUAUAAUAUUAUAAUUCGUCAGUUAAAUAAUAAUAACUGACCUAAUGACAAGGGUGCACCCAAGCAAGAAUAUUAAUUAAUUAGAUUAAUUAGUUUAAUAUGUUUUGAAAGAUGAGUAUUUUAAUUUUUUUGAAAAGCUUCACAUGCUAUUUUUUUAUUUAUUUUUUUAAACAUAAAUAAACAUCUAAGAAAAUAUGUUUACAUACUUUUUUGCUGCAUUGUAUAUUUAAUUUUAUAUCAUAAUCACUCUGGUCGCUUUUCAUUUUUACAAUUUAAAUUAUGUUUAAAGGAAAUAUUUCCUAAAAAAACAAAAAUGCUUCCUACAAGUCAUAAUAGAUGUAUACUACCUAAGAGCAUGUUGUAACAUGGUUUAAAAGAAUUAGUGAAUACCAUAUUUUUAUUUUAACAUUAAAUAUUUGUACAUUAUUUAUUUUAUUUUAUUUAAAUUUUAUUGCCAAUGAUUAAUUGCCUAAUAAAUUGUAAAUAUACACCCACCUGCCCCCUGUAUGGGAUAUACAUAAUCAAGACUAAAUUAACAAAAAUAUAAAAUGAUUAUGAAAAAUCUAUUUUUUUUUUUAAAAAAUAUGGUAAAUGGGUAAUUCAUGUUCUCUAUGCCUCUUUUCCUCUAUGAAGAACUGAUAUACCUACUUCUAUGAUUUGUGGUACGCGAAUUAUACAAAGAAUUGUUAAAUUGCAUUAAUAUAAAGACCAUGCUAUUACAAGCGGUUCACGAAAAAUUACAAUAUUAAUAUGAUUACCUGAAGCUAAUUUAAUGUGCAUAUUUUUAUACAGUAAAGGUGUACCGGAAAUAUUAGAAAAUGAGGUGGUAUUGAGAGUGGCCAGCAAACACGGCAAGACACCGGCUCAGAUCGUGUUGCGGUUUACCAUCCAGAAGGGCGUCGUGGUUAUACCGAAGAGUACGAACUCACAGCGGUUGGUCGAGAACAUACAGGUAAAAUAAAUAAAAUAUUAGAUCGGAUCAUAUUAAACUAAUCAGGAUGAUCUAUUAAAAAGAACUAGUGAUUUCCCCGGAGAAUUUUAAAUGAAUUUGAUUUCUUUUUGUUUUUUCAAUCAUUAUGGAAUAGGGUAAUAAAGUUUAUUUUAACAUUAUUUUUUAUUUGUUUAUCCCCACUCCUUUACCUUAACUUAGCAUACACUUUUGAUGUUUAAAUAGGACCCUCCCCUUUAAACACAGAAUCAAAUAAUGAAUAUAUAUAUAAUUUUUUAAAUGGAUAUGACGUUUUUUACUCAUCCUUACUACUUUAUUGUAAAUUUUAAACUAUUGUAACUCAUAAAUGUAAAUCUGAUAUUAUAGUAUUAAGCACUCGUAUUCAGAAAAACAUUGUCUAUUCAAAUUUAUAAUUUAAGGGGGAGAGGAGUUCUUACUUAAAAAUUAAACAUGUAAACUUAUUUAGAGUAUAAUGAGUCUGGGGUAAAAAACGAAAUAAUGUUCAAAUAAAGUUUAAACGAUUUCAUAAUGAUUGAAAAAUAGAAAUUUAAUUUACUUGAAACUCUCUGAUAAAAUCGCUGGUUUAUGAUAUAAAUUAAUUACUCUGUUUAAUAGUUUACUAAAUUCGUAAUUGACACCAUGUUUGAGUUUUACCAUAGAUUUUCGACUUCGAACUCGACGCACAGGACGUGGAAGAUUUAGAACGACAAGACGUCGGAGAUAAGGGACGCCUCUGGUGGUUUACGAUCUUCGCGGGGUAAGAAAAAUGAAGGAAUCAUCUUUAAUAUUUAUUUAUUCCUAUUUGAUUAUCCCCUGCAUUAAAAUUGUCAAGUAUAAAUUAAUAAAUAUUAUACUUUAUAUAGAAAUCUGAUAAUUCGAUUAAGUCAUUUUUGAUCAUUUUCGGUAAAAGUAUAGGUCAAUUCUAUGUGACAUUUCAAAUCUCGUUGAAGAGUAUCAUUGCAAUUUACAGAUUUAUAGGUUUGAUGUCAAAACAUAUGAACUGCGUUUGGUAAUAAGUGUUUUUAGAUUAUUUUUUUUUUAUGAUCAAGGACUAUGUCAAUCAAUUUUUAUUUAAUAUGAAGUCAAAAUAAGAAAGGUCAUAAAGUCAUAUGAAGUAAACUCUCAUAAGAUUUUAGGCCUUGGCUCUCCUAUAAAAUAGACAUUUUUUCUAUUUUCUAUCUUUUAAAAACCGUCCGUAUUAUGUCUUUGGUCCCAAGGAAGAAAGGCUUAAGUUAAUUUUAUAUAGUUUUCAAUAAAAGCAUCAUAUAAGUUUUAAAAUAAAAACACUAGGUGCAUACAGUUUUUAAAAUUAAAUUUACAUACACUUAAUUUGAUUAAGACAAAUAAAUAAAGGGGAAAAAUUGGACAAGACAAAGUUUAAAAAAAAAAAAAUGUUUAGACCAAUAUUAAUAUACUAACAAGAAAAACCAACAAAUUUACCAGCACUUAUGACUGUAAUUUUUAUUUUCAGGGUUAAAGACCAUCCAGAAUAUCCUUUCCCGAAAGAGAUUUGAAGCGACGCCAAAAAUUAUAUUAUGAUAUUUUUUUCCCGUGAUUUUUAUGCUAAAAUUUGAUAACAAUUUAGUUUUUGUUGUUAUAUCAUAAUAAUGUAUUUGUUUACCACGUUGGAAUAAAUGAAUAUUGCACGCUUAACAAA